AAUCUUAUUUUACUAUUGUUUCUUUUUUAUUUUUUCAAUCAAGCCAGUUAGCGCUUAGAAUGCUAAUAGGUAAACAAGCAGCUAAACGCAGCACACCUGCGACGGCGGUACACUGAAUAAGUGGACUUCAGCCUGAGCUGUGGGCAAUGAACUGGAGUAGAUGUCCAGAUAAGUUAUAAAGUAAAGCGUCGGGACACCUGUCGACCUCCAGACUGUCAGAAUUUAACAGGUAAUAAAUUAGCUAGCUUAAAAGCCGUGAGUGGCUAGCUUUGAGGAGGUCGUGUUUCCAGCAGCUUACCUGUUCGUACCUUUAAGAGUUACUGCCAACGCUCUCUGGAUGUACUACGCGUAGCUAGCUGGCAGAUAGCUGGAAUUAAAGCUCAGGUGUUUAACUGCGAGUCUCAACUUAAACUGGCUGAAACAAAGAAUCUGAGUUGACCUUCAAAGAGACUGGCUAAAAUUCACAGUUUACUUAUUGGCAGCGACCAGCGAGGCAGUUUCUGAAUUUCUCCUCUCACCGUCCCGAUGGAGUGGGUGUUUAUCAUGAACCGGAUGAGCUCUCAGGGUAGCUCUGCAGCCCAGCGGAGACGGAUGGCUCUGGGGGUGGUGAUACUCCUGCUGGUGGAUGUUAUCUGGGUCGCCUCCUCCGAGCUGACCUCGUACAUUUUCAAGCGACAGGACUAUAACAAGCCCUUCUUCAGCACCUUCGCCAAGACGUCCAUGUUCGUGCUGUACCUGCUGGGCUUCCUGCUGUGGCGGCCAUGGAGGCAGCAGUGCACGGGCACCCUGAAACGCCGCCGGUCCGCCUUCUUUGCUGAUGCCGAAGCCUACUUCACACCCUGCACCACUGACUCCACUGUGAACAAUUGUCUGAGUGAGCCUCUGUACGUACCUGUGAAGUUCCAGGACGUCCCCACCGAGCACUCGAGCUGUUUAAUGGGAGACUGUGAAUCCUCAUCCAAAAAGCAGCGGGUGCGUUUCAGUAACAUCAUGGAGGUGCGCCAGCUGCCCUCCACUCAGGCCCUGGAGGCCAAGCUGUCGCGCAUGUCCUACCCCGCUGCCAAGGACCACGAGGCCAUGCUGCGCACCGUGGGCAAGCUGACCAUCACUGACGUGGCCAAAAUCAGCUUCUUCUUCUGUUUUGUGUGGUUCCUGGCUAACCUGUCCUACCAGGAAGCUCUGUCCGACACGCAGGUCGCAAUCGUCAACAUUUUAUCUUCCACCUCAGGUCUGUUUACACUCAUCUUGGCAGCCAUAUUUCCCAGCAACAGCAGCGACCGCUUCACCCUUUCCAAGCUCUUAGCCGUGGCUCUGAGCAUGGGAGGCGUUGCCCUCGUGAGUCUCUCCAGCAUGGACAUCUCGGAUGGGAAAGGAGUCAUCGGUUCCCUGUGGUCACUGGCUGGGGCGAUGCUCUAUGCCGUCUAUAUCGUAAUGAUCAAGCGGCGAGUGGAUCGGGAGGAUAAGCUCGACAUCCCAAUGUUCUUUGGGUUUGUGGGUCUGUUCAACCUGCUGCUGCUGUGGCCUGGCUUCCUCCUGCUCCACUACACCGGCUUCGAGGCCUUUGAGCUCCCCAGCCAACUCGUGUGGACGUACAUCCUCAUAAACGGCCUCAUCGGCACCGUUCUGUCCGAGUUCCUCUGGCUCUGGGGCUGUUUCCUCACAUCUUCUCUAAUUGGGACUCUGGCAUUGAGCCUCACCAUCCCACUCUCCAUUAUGGCCGACAUUUGCAUGCAGAAGGUGCGUUUCUCGUGGUUGUUUUUUGCCGGAGCGGUCCCUGUCUUCCUCUCCUUCUUCAUCGCCACACUUUUAUGUCACUACAACAACUGGGACCCAGUGCUGGUGGGGCUGAGGAGGGUUUACGCCUUCAUCUGCAGGAAGCAUCGCAUUCAGAGGCUGCCAGAUGACAGCGAGCAGUGUGAAAGCCUUAUUCCCCUCCACACCGUCUCCCCCGGCGAAGGAAGCUUCUGCUCGUGAUCCGGCAGUCAAACAAAAUGGCGGCCAUCGUGGAUCUGGCUGAGCUGACAAUCGGGAAGCUUUCAGAGACAUUGAACGUACCCCCAGUGCCUCCCAUUACAUCUUAUUUAUUUUCUACAGUGUUCAGAUUUAGUUCUGGAAGCUCGGUUUUAUCAUCACGCUUCCAUCCAACACUACAGACUAAAGAUUUCCUCAUUUUUGCUUAUUUUCUGUGUCUAAAAGAAAGAAACGGUACGUCACUCAAGAUGCAGGACUUCAUUAUCAGUGAUAUUGCCAAAUUAAACCGUUAAUAUGGGAGAAGACUUCCUUUUGGUCUACUGAAGGAUCCUAAGAAAUGACAAUCUAUUGGACACAAAGUGUUGUUAUUAUUUCCAAAUGGUUCCUGUGACGCAUAACUGUUGUUGAGUUGUUUUCACGACCAGAGAUCUGGCAGAACUGGAAACGCUGGACACGGACGAGCUCCUGGUACCCAGCGGGGGCGGCUCGGGUAGUCAGAGCGACCUCUGUGUCUCCACUUUAUAAACACUAGACAGACAACACUACAGCCGAACAGAACAGCACCACGUCUUGUUUCCUCAGUGCUGGAUUCUAAACACGAGCUCCAAAUGGGAUAGAAAGCCUUCAAAAAAAGUUCUGCUCCUAAAAAUAAAAACCCACGUCAAGUUUGGAUUGAGCUCAUCUCCCCUUUAAGGUUGUCUCUGAGUGAAACUCUGGACCUCUUCCAGCACCCCGACUCCUUGGACGUUCCUCCUGUUUUGAUUGUUUGCAUUUGAUUUUGGGACAGUUUACACGGUUGUUAGAUCACAUCGUCCCAGGUAGGGCACAGAGUUGCAUCUACAGGGUUGCACACAAGGAAUUCAUCAACGUAGCCACGGUGAUGUCACCCAUUUUGAAGCCUUACCCGAGGAAUCUGUCGGAUACGUGUCCGUGACACUGUUUUCUUCCGUCCUUUGCACGGCUUCAAGUCACACUGGGAGCGUUUAACGACUCCAUAAUCUUUUAUUUUUAAAUUUAAGCUGUUCCUGUGUCUGACUUCCUGCCCUCCUCAUCAGCUUGCAGUGACUUUGAGCAGUACGGAACAGGAACUUAUCAGUCUUCUGAAACACGCUGCGGGAAAACAGGAGGAAUCGAUAGCCAAAGCUUUUUCGGUUAUACUAGAACUUCACUCAACUGAUGCAUUAACUUCUUGGACCGACUGCAACUCUCAGAAAGCCUUAUAAUUAAUGAGGUAACUGCAUUAAAAUGCUCCAGAAGCCUCAAACAGCACAAGAAAGGUUUGGAGGUUGCGUCCAGGGGCUCCAGUGGACAAUGAAAGAACAGCAGCAUUUGGCACGUUUGCCUUUACUCUUUCUCUCAUCACUUUAAGUUCGUCUGUCAGGUUAUUUAGUUUUUUGUUUUUAAAGUUGGGGUGUUCACAGUGACACUCAGGUCGUUUAAGAGCACAAUCUUCUCUCGCAGUGCCACUGCCCACUGGCCAGGUUUGGCACCCUGGAACAAACAGGCACACUAAUGGAUACACAGAAGUGAAAGUACGCAGUCAGAGCUGGAUACUAAAGGAGUGUUCUUGGCUUAUAGUUGUGUUAGAACAGGUCCAGUGUUUCCUGAGGAAACUACCUUGAAGGGGAGAUCAACCGAAAUCAAACCAGACUGGAGUCACCGAACUUUGUGAUCGCCUUCGUGCAAUAAAAACAGUUGUCUGCAGU